ACUUCCUGUUUUUCUGGGGAGCUGUCUUUUUAAUUACCACUACGCUGGUUGCACUUUUGAAAAAGGAAAACAAGGAACUAACACCAACAAAAGAAGAAACGAAAGGCAUCACUGAUACGUACAGGCUGCUAUUCUCAAUAAUCAAGAUGCCGGCAGUUCUUACUUUCUGUCUCUUGAUUCUCACAGCAAAAGUUGGAUUUUCAGCAGCAGAUGCUGUAACAGGACUCAAACUGGUGGAAGAGGGCGUCCCGAAAGAGCACUUAGCUCUGCUAGCCGUUCCAAUGGUUCCUUUGCAGAUAAUAUUGCCUCUGAUUAUCAGCAAAUACACAGCGGGCCCCCAGCCACUGAACACAUUUUACAAAGCUAUGCCUUUUAGAUUACUGCUUGGUCUGGAAUUUGCUUUUUUGGUAUGGUGGACUCCUCAAGUAAAACACGAAGGAGGAUUUCCUCUCUACUACUAUGUUGUAGUAUUGUUGAGUUACGCUUUACAUCAGAUCACGCUGUAUAGCAUGUACGUUGCAAUAAUGGCUUUCAACGCCAAAGUCAGCGAUCCGCUGAUUGGAGGAACCUACAUGACGCUCCUCAAUACCGUGUCGAAUCUGGGAGGGAACUGGCCUUCCACCGUUGCGCUCUGGCUUGUGGACCCGCUCACGGUGUUUGAGUGUGCAGGGGCCCAGGAGCAGACCUGCGGAACUCCGGUUGCUGCAGAACUCUGCACAAAAGCCGGUGGUUCUUGUGUUACUACCUUGGAUGGUUACUACGUGGAAUCCGUCAUCUGCGUCAUUCUGGGAUUUGGCUGGUGGUUCUUGCUCGGGCCAAAACUUAAAAAGCUGCAGGACGAAGGACAGUCUUCGUGGAAGUGCAAGAGGACCAAUUGAUGCGGUUUAAAUAUUGGAUGGACUAGCAAGGUCAUUUUCCUUUUAUUACAAAGACAUAUCCCAUAAUCGAUAAACAGGAAUAUAGGUAUUUUUAAAUGCC